GGGCGGAGAUGCGGCAGGAUGCGGGAGGGCAGCGCCGAGAACCGGACAGGAGCCGAAGCCCCGCUGCGCCUCUUCCCCGCGCCCGUGCUCGCCGGCAUCACCGCCGCCUGCGUCCUGCUCUUCGUCAUCGGCAUCGCCGGCAACCUCAUGACCGUGCUGGUGGUGUCGCGGUUCCGGGACAUGAGGACCACCACCAACUUCUACCUGUCCAGCAUGGCUUUCUCCGACCUGCUCAUCUUCCUCUGCAUGCCCCUGGACCUCUUUCGGCUCUGGCAGUGCCGGCCCUGGAACUUCGGGGACCUCCUCUGCAAGCUCUUCCAGUUCGUCAGCGAGAGCUGCACCUACUCCACCAUCCUCAACAUCACCGCGCUCAGCGUGGAGCGGUACAUCGCCAUCUGCUUCCCCUUCCGAGCCAAGGUCAUCAUCACCAAGGCGAAGGUCAAGCUGGUCAUCCUCUUCCUCUGGUCCGUCUCCUUCCUUAGCGCCGGACCCAUCUUCGUGCUGGUGGGGGUCGAGCACGAGAACGGCACCGACCCCCUGAGCACCAACGAGUGCCGAGCCACCGAGUACGCCAUCCGCUCGGGGCUCCUCACCAUCAUGGUCUGGACCUCCAGCAUCUUCUUCUUCUUGCCCGUCUUUUGCCUGACUGUGUUGUACAGCCUCAUCGGGAGGAAGCUCUGGAGGAGAAAGAGAAAGAACAUCGGUCCAAAUGCUGUCAUCAGGGAUAAGAACAACAAGCAGACUGUGAAAAUGUUAGUUGUGGUGGUAUUUGCUUUCAUACUCUGCUGGUUGCCUUUUCACGUAGGACGAUAUUUGUUUUCCAAAUCCUUUGAAGCCGGAUCCUUGGAGAUAGCAGUGAUCAGCCAGUACUGCAACUUGGUGUCCUUUGUCCUCUUCUACCUUAGUGCAGCCAUCAACCCCAUCCUCUACAACAUCAUGUCAAAGAAGUACCGAGACGCCGCUUGCCGGCUGUUUGGCCUCAAACCCCUCUCCAAGAAGAGACUCUCCAGCAUGAAGCAAGAAAGUUUGCGUGUUUGGACAGAAACGAGUGUUAUCACAUGACAAAUCAUUUCCAGCGCCAGAGCAUCACUUACCUGUAUUUCUCAGAAAGCCAUAAGGAAAGAGAAAGACGGCAAGAAAUACAAAUUGAAAUGUUAAAGCUGUACUUUCAUCAUCAUCUGGAUUUGCCAAAAGAUGUAACGAAGGCAGCUGAAGAUGUGAAAAAAAAGUAAUUAAACUUUGAGACUAUAAAGUGAGGCAUGUAGAGUCACAGAAUUUGGGAACACUCAAGUAUUAUUUUUAUGCUGCUUUUGCCCAUAUGUUUUUUUAGCACUGACUGUGGCAGGAGAGCUAGGCUUUACCAUUCUUAACAGGCAAACGUUGCCCAGAUCACUUGAGUAUUUGUGUGACUAAAGUAGCAGCUAACUUGAGCUGAAUUUUUCCAGCAUUAACUUUAGUUUGCUUAGAAUUUUUCUAGCAUAUGACUGGACCCGAGAGAGAGAGAGAGAGAUUGAGAGAAAGAAUUGAAUUGCCUUUUUGGAGUAGUAAAUGUUGAAUUUGAUACACUUUUCAUAAUCUUAAUUUUUAAAUAAACUAACGUUUUUUUUUCUCUGAAUGAGGAAAAGUAUUUCUUAAAAAAGAAAAGGAAAAAUAAAAUGGGUAAUUUUUAAACAUGCUGAAAAUAAAUGACCAUUGUGUCAUGUCCUAGUAGGAAGGAAAUAAAAAAAAAAACAACUUCACAGAAGUGGCUUAGAACAUAAGUGUACUGAAAUAUUUUUUUAAAAUAUAUAUCAGUGAGAGGAUGGUGCUGACUUCAGGACUGCAGUGAUGCUAUAGAAAUAUGGAAUGCAAUCUCACACCAAAGUAAUUUUUUUUUACUAGCUAAAUCAUCUGUACUUGUUCUGCUGAGCUUGACUGUGAAUGACUCAAAUGUGUUUGCCCUUGGAAGCUUUUAGCUGUUUCGGUAUUUGUAAGGAGUCUGUGGCUACCUGUCCCUAUGCUGCACACCACCUUACCCUCUACGCCUGCUAAGGACAGGCCUCCUGCCUGUAAACCACCACUUGUCUCUAUUUAAAGCAUAUCAGCCAGUUACCAGGACCCCUCCCCACAUAAAGCCUGGUGUGCAGUUUCAGUACUUUGCUGCAGUAUUAAAUUGAGAAUGUUUUUCAAUCAACACGACCUGACAAAGUAAUAGAAAUAUCUGCAUUAAAAGACACAGGCAGACACAUUCUCAUACUUGAUCCAUAAAAAUCUUAAAUCCAAUUUGUUUUUAUAACUCAAGUAUGCCGUUAAAAGGCAAACCAGAAAACUUUCCAUCCUUUAUGCUAAUCGGUAUGUCUUAUAUUGCAUCUAUUGUCUCACCAACGCGUAGAGCUUGUGGUCCAGCUAAUAGAGCCUAUGGAGCACGCAUGUGCAAUCGCAGCUUUCUAUUUAUUUUGUUCUAGUAUUUAUUACCAGCUGGUCCAUAACUGGUUCUCUGUAACGAAUUGUCUGGUAGCAAAAGUCCUACAGUUUUCAAACUCCUGAUGGGCCAUUUUCCUCCCGUUAGACCUUUAGCUGAUGGUGCUGCUCAGGUAUAACUCAAAAGAGAAUUUGGCCUCUUUUGUAUAUACUGUGUCUUUUACAUCAUCCAGUGCUUUGCUAAGGCCAAGAGGCUGAUGGCUGCUCCUCGCUGUGGCACCUGAGCCUGUCUUGCUCCCCGUUCCCACACGGGUGGUGAGCACAAGUUUGAUGCAUGGGAACCUAUAAAUUAAGGGACAAACAAGCAGCAGCAGCACUACGGUUUUUGUCUCUAACCACGUCUGCCUUGUUAUCCACUUUGUUCUCUUGCUCAUUGUCAGCUGACAAGCAGAUCUGAUGGCAGAUGACUCAGGGAAACAAGAAAUUUGGGCAUCUUAACAGGUUGUGAAGAUGUGAACUCACUAAUGACAUGUCUGUGUAAGUGAACCGG